AUGGGAUCGAUUGGGGUACUCCUCGUGACUCCUGUGUUGCCCUACCUGGAGCAAGAGCUUGACAAGCGCUACAAGCUGUUCCGCGCGUGGGAUUAUCCGGAGACGGCGCAGCUGCUGGCUCAACACGCCACCUCUAUCCAAGCGGUGGUCGGAAACUCCGGCGCCGGUGCAGACGCGGAGAUGAUCGAGGCGCUGCCGAAGCUGGAGAUCGUGUCGUGCUUCAGCGUGGGAGUGGAUAAGGUUGACUUGGAGAAAUGCAGAGAGAAGGGGAUUCGCGUGACCAACACGCCGCACGUGUUGACCGACGACGUCGCCGACCUCGCUAUUGGCUUGAUGCUGACACUCCUCAGGAGGAUCUGCGAGUGCGAUCGCUUUGUGAGGAGCGGCAAGUGGAAGCACGGGGACUACAAAUUGACUACUAAGUUCUCUGGGAAAACUGUUGGAAUUCUUGGGCUGGGGAGAAUAGGCCAAGCAAUUGCCAAGAGAGCUGAAGGAUUUAACUGUUCCAUAUGCUACUACUCUAGAACUGAAAAACGAAACUCAAAAUACAAAUACUAUCCAAGUGUUGUAGAAUUAGCAUCUAAUUGCGACGUACUGGUAGUUGCUUGCCCACUGACAGAGGAAACUCAUCACAUAAUCAACAGGGAAGUGAUCAAUGCCCUGGGUCCCAAGGGUUUUCUUAUUAACAUUGGAAGAGGUAAGCAUGUUGAUGAGCCAGAGUUAGUCUCAGCCCUGGUAGAAGGUCGUCUGGCUGGGGCUGGGCUAGACGUGUUUGAAAAUGAGCCUGUUGUUCCCGAAGAGCUUUUUGGGCUUGAAAAUGUUGUCAUUGUGCCUCAUAUUGGAAGUGGCACAUUAGAAACUCGAACAGCCAUGGCUGACCUUGUCCUUGGAAACCUGGAAGCUCACUUCCUUGGAAAGCCACUGUUAACUCCCUUGUUUUAA